UCUUUAAACACUCCAUUCUCUCUAUAUAUACACACGCCUACUCAUCAUAUAAAGAUAUUAACAAAAACUUACAACAAGAAGCUCCGGCGAUGUCAUCAACGGCGAGAAAUAUUUCCACCGGAGGGAACCGAAAGUCGAGUAGGCUGCAGCGGCGUGCUCCACCGCCUCUAAAGAUAAACCCUUCCGAAGCGAAUUGGAAAGUGGCUAUUCCUCUUUUAUCACCUACUGAGUCGCCGCCGCAUAAGCCAUCGGCUGUAGUGAAAAGGGAGGACCAACGGUGGGGAAAAGAGGCGGAGAAGCCCCCGAUUUUCAAGAAGUGGCAGCACCCUGCGGCUCCGUUUUAUUACCAGCCUGCGCCGUCAUCGAACCAGCCGUUUGCAUGGCCAAAUUAACGUUCUCUUGAUAAUAUUAGGUCUAGCAAACAAAUACCUAAAUAUUUAUUAUGCUUAUCAUAUGUGAUAAAAUUACAUAUGUUAUGUUUAUUUUUAACAUAUUAUAUAUUAUGUAUUAUCUUUAAUUAUGCAACAUGUAUGUUUGGUUAUUGAUGUUGUUAUUUCCUUCAUGUAAGUUGAACCAUGAAUUAUAA